CUGCAUGCCCUCUCCGUAGCCGCACCACACCUGGCUCUGAGUAAUAGCAGGCACACCAACACAAUGCCAGACAACAAAGCCGUAGGCUGGCGCAAGAAGCUACACGGUAGUAAGCAAAAGGACAUGUUGCCGCUAAAUACUGACGGUGACGAUACAACAGCGGUUGCUGAAGACUCAAGCGAUCGACGUCGGCAGCAUGGCUGGCGAAGAACAAUCCACGGAAGUCGACCUGAGACACCGGUGACCGUAGCACCAACAAACCUUGCAGAGGAUAGUGAGGAUGCCCGAAGUGAGCGCUCGGAAGUGUCUACCCCGCGUCGAAACUCCAAGCCAAAGCUCGCACGAUACACGUCGCUUUUCAGCAGCUUCAAGGAGUCAUCCAAGGGGCCUGAGUUUGCCGAACCCUGGAGCGACGACGCCCCACCACCUUUUCAACCCUAUGUCGAUCCGCUGAACGCGUUGCGGUCCAUUCGUUCGCACAUGAUCACUGCCUCCCCCAUUCCUUUGGGUCACAACAGUGGCCUAUUUCGAAUCUUUGAAGACUAUGGCAAGGUAAGAGAAGAGAAGGAGAAUCUUGAGACACUAUUGCAGGACACAUUUCACGAUUGGGAGACAGCGAAAGAUCAGUGGAAUGAGUCUGAAGGUCGUUACGAGGCUGAAAUCCGCCGGCUUGAGCUGCUCAUCGCUCGAGGGACGAGUGGCAUGACAGGCAGACUUAUUAAAGCCAGACAAGGGAGUGUAGUCGAUCGCAGACGACGGCAUCGCAAGACCACCUCGAACGAUAGGUUUCCACCGAUGUACGAAUUUCUGUCUCCGAACCAGCUGGAUAGUGAGAUUAGGCUAAGUAGUCAGCGAGCUCUUCUCCACCGCCCAACAUCGCCUUCUGGAAAGAUGACCGCUCUAUCUAAACAGUUCACGAACAACAAGAUCGAUCUAGCUAUCGGAAGCCUUUCCAAUGGGAACAGGAGAAUGACUCUAUCGCGUAAAGUCCAAAGUGAGCUGAACCUGGCUAGUAUGGCCCGCAUGGAGGCCUCACAGUCCAUUACCAAUUCUGUUAAUUCUCGUUUCUCUGGCAGCAUUGGUGAUCCCUUACCAGAUGAGAUGGCAGAACCCACCCUGGCACUCAUAGAGUCAGCGGUUGAGUGCGACGCCUUCGUCGCGUUGCGUGAACUCGGCAAACUUGUUGCACGACGACGGGGUUUGAACGUUGAUAGCUUUAGUGAGGGCCUCAUAAUGCUGUUAUCAAAGGCGAGUGAAGCUACGCAUCCUGGACAUUCCGAAGAGCAAAAUACGCAGCCGGCUUUAUUGAGUCAUGCUUCGAGUAGUAACGGAAAACCUUACGUUGAGGGAAUUUCCACAUCAAGACCUGCCCUCCGAAGGUUUCAGUCACAACCACAAUUGAGCUCCGACCAGCAUCGUCGUCGACAUUUCUCCUUUGAGCCCGGAGAUGACCAGCUCCAGGAGCUCGAAGAGGAUAUUAAGCUACACGAGGCCCGGAAUCGAGAUGGUGACUCUUCCGGUACGGAUACUCCAUCACUUGGACGCUUGCGCAAUCCCAAACUUGAAUUGCAGUUGACUGACCCAAAACCGUCGUCUCAUACGUUGUCUGUGGAGUUCCCGAAACCUUCGAAGAUCCCAAGCCCUAUGCAGACGUCAGGACGCGUUCGUCGAGAAACGUCGGCUUCAAGUUUGCAAUCCAUAUUUGCCAGACCAAACUUAGACCGCCGCGAUUCCCGCUCUAGCAUCCUAACGGUAGUUCGUCAAAGCUCGGGUGGAAGCGUACGAUUCGAUUCAACAAGCAUGAGUAGUUCGUCUCACAAUCUACGCACGGCUGACUCUUCACUACCGUUGAAGGACCCACAAGGCAGUCUUCGAUUUCGCAACAGUGUCAUUGCUCUGGCAGCGGCUAGGACAGCAGAAAAGAUGUCAGUGUGCAAGGGCGACAGCCCUGCAAGGAACAGCUCGAGGUCAUCUACAACUGCCUCAUAA